UCAUACAGCUGGAACCCAUCUCCAGGAACCAACAGCUGGAACCCAUCUUCAGUUGGAAGGAAACUUCCAGACUUCUGUAAGACUCUUCCUCCUGGGACCCUUUACUGGAAGAGAUGAUGGUGGGCCUGGGCUCCCUGUUGUUGGUCUGCAUGCUGGGUCUGGGUCUGACCCCACCAGCCCUGGCUCAGGAUGACCCUAGGUACAGAAGCUUCCUGACCAAGCACUAUGAUGCCAAACCAUGGGGCCGGAAUGACAAAUACUGUGAAAUCAUGAUGAAGAGAAGAGGCCUGACCACACCCUGCAAAGACACCAACACCUUUAUUCAUGACAACAAGAACAACAUCAAGGCCAUCUGUGGAAAUAAUGGAGAACCUUACGGAGAAGGUUUAAGACUAAGCAAGUCUCUUUUCCAGGUCACCACCUGCAGGCAUAGGGGAGGGUCCCCUUGGCCUCCGUGCCAGUAUAGAGCUACCGCAGGGUUCAGACACAUUGUUGUUCGCUGUGAACAUGGCUUACCUGUUCACUUUGAUGAGUCCUUUUUCAGUCCGUAAUCAGAGGCCACAACUGGCUCUGCUCUCUUUUCCUUGCAUUUCU